AUGGAUCAUACAAUUGUUAAAGGAAUAAUUAUGGCAAUUAUACUUUUGGAUUUAAAAGCUUUUCCAAAUAUUCACCAGUUACAAAAUACUGCUCAUUUACCUGCAUUUGAAGAAGGAAACUUAGUUAAGAAGCUGGAUGCGAUAUUUGAAGCAGAUUACACAGAGAUCGAAUCAAAAAUCAUUUCAGAAAUAAUUAUCAAUGGUGAUAAUCAAACAGAAAAAGCAAGGCUCAACUUUUUCAUAAAGGACGCACUUCUAGAUUUUAUUGCUAGCUUCAGAAUGCUGAGAGUUUUAGACCAUAAAAUAUCUGAAAGAACCUAUAUUGUAGAAUUCUUUUCACCUAUAUUCUGUGCAUUUUAG